GAUUCCCAGGGCACGGCCCCCUCCUCCGACCAGCAGGUGAUGUCUGCAGGAAUCACUUCCCUCCUCCCAUCACAGCAGCUCAGGGAGAAGACACCUGGCUUUUUUUCAUUUUUUUUUAUUGAACCCCCUGAGAAUGAGAUGCAGGUGCUGGAGUAUCAAAAAGCCCCCAGAAUUCAAGCCCACCCACUCAUCAACCUCCCCUCCCCCCCCCUCCAUUCUCCCCAGAAGAGCCGCAUGGGAAGCAGCAGGGCCAUUCUGCUCACUCACCACGCACACACAGGUCCAUCCCUGUUUCCAACGCCAGCGAACGGCUGCGGUGCCUCCGGCCGGUGCUGCUGCGGGACACGGGGGCGGGGGAAGCGGCUGCGGGACCGCAGUGCAGGCUGGACCGCGGCGAGCAGACAUCACUGCAGUGCCUCAUCCGCGCCGUCCCGCGGUGAUGGGCUGCGCCGGCGAAGCGCAAGCUCGGCAAUAAUGAAACGGCUAACGGCGGGCCGGCCGAGCUGCCUGCUGCUGUCUUUUCAUAGCGCCUGGAAGCUCAGGUGGGAAAGCAGCGAGACAAAGGCCCUGCUGCUUUGUCAUCACGAGGUUCAGCCUCGCUGUUUUGGCUGCGUUCACCCACCCCCUGCUGCUUGGCAGGGCAACAGAGACCAAGGGGUGACAGACAGACACCCCACAGCUCUGCAUCAGCCCAGGAAGCGGCCAAGCAGCACUAUGAUGCCGGAGCCCCCAGAGCCUCCACACCCUUCAGUUACCCAAGAGCAACAUCAGUGCAAAUCUGACCUGCAGGGAAAAGCAGCCUCAUGCUCUCACUGCUGCCUCCAUCACGCUGCUGCCACAGAACCAGCAAGAAACCAGAGAGCAAAACUCACACGAAUUAAAGCUGCUCGGUUAGUUUUGACCUGCGGCGGUUCCCAGGCGUGUUCAUGGCUCAGUGAAUGCUGA